GGUACGUGCAGAGCGAGCAGAGCGCAGUGGUGGAGGGACCUGUACCCAAACCCCCCAACGCUGCAACAAAACCUCCGUGCGCGCAUCCAGAUCCCGUCCUUGGACCUCCGGGGACCUUCGGAGACACGAGGGACCCGCGCGCGCCCACCGUGGACACAUCUACGCUCCGGGUUUUCCGCUGUUUUUGCACGGAUUUUAGCGCAAACUUGACGAGGACGCUGCGGAAUUCGUUCAUCUCGGGAUAGUUCACCCUCCUGACUCGAAAUGGGCGAGGAAGUCCCGCCCACAGAGGAGACACAGCGAGGAGAGAGGAUAUAAACUCCUCACUGAGACCAUUCCAAGAUGGAGGACGACCUGAUGUUUGCGAUGGAGGAGGAGGGCAGUCUGAAGAGGCCCCCGGCGCAGCGGAGCCCCCUGAGGUCCUGCUCCUUCACCGACGAAGACGACGAUGAUGACGAGCACGUGAUCAUGCCCCUGUUUCACGACUCGGCGCGAGAAAUCUGCGAAUAUCUGAAGAACCAGGUGUACGCCAGGCAGCUGUCCGGCUCCCUGUCCAGCUCCCUGUCCAACUCGCUGCCCAAACAGAACUUCCAGUACAAGCCGGACAUAGAAAACGCUUCACCCCGAACGUACAGAGUUUUGAGUGAGAAGGCUCGGACGGUGGAGCAGAGCGAGGCGAGCGCUGCGGUUUCACACACACACACUCUCAGUGCAGUAAGCUGUACCUGUUCUUUACGACAGGCGCACUGGAAACAGGCCAUCGAAAAAGCCCGAGCCCGACCGGACCCGUGGGCCGAGUUUCACCUGGAGGAGAAGGAGACGGAGCCCUGCGUCAGAUACAGAUACAACGCUGUCAGAGGAGAAUGGGCCCACGACGAAGUUCACAUCAAGAUGGCUUCACAGCCGUUUGGGAAAGGCGCCAUGCGGGAGUGUUUCCGAGCGAAGAAGUUGUCGAACUUCUCCCACAGCAGUAACUGGAAAUCUGCGUCCAACUACGUGAUGAAGCGUUACAUGGAGACGGUGAACAGAGACGUUUACUUCGAGGACGUCAGGCUGCAGAUGGAGGCCAAACUCUGGGGCGAAGAAUACAACCGACACAGACCCCCGAAACAGGUGGACAUUAUGCAGAUGUGCGUGGUGGAGAUGGUGAACAGACCCGGGAAACCUCUGUUCCAUCUGGAGCAUUACAUCGAAGGAAAAUACAUCAAAUACAACUCAAACUCCGGGUUUGUGAGAGACGACAACAUCAGGCUCACUCCACAGGCUUUCAGUCACUUCACGUUUGAGCGGUCCGGUCACCAGCUCAUCGUGGUCGACAUCCAGGGAGUGGGAGACUUGUACACAGACCCACAGAUCCACACAGAGAAGGGGACCGACUUCGGAGACGGAAACUUGGGCGUGCGAGGGAUGGCGCUUUUCUUCCACUCUCAUCUGUGUAAUAAGAUCUGUAAGAGUAUGGGACUCACGCCCUUUGACAUUUCACCGGCUGAGAAAGCCCAGCUCGACUGCACCAACAAACUCCUGAAGUCGGCAGAGACGAUGCUCCGCGGCUGUGAGGAGUUCUGCGGCUCUCCUCGCGUCCGGACCUUCUCCUCGGGUCGGGCUCCUCCUCUCCUCUCGCGUCUUUCUGAAACUUCCUCCGUCGACGAAAACAUGAGCGACUCCGACUCCAUCCCGUGUUCACCUCUGGCUCUGCCCCAGUGCAUCGGCCGCUCCCCCAUCGGUAUAACUUUUACACCUUUGGAGCAUGAAAAAUUCAACAACAACGCAGGAGAGCACCGGGAUUCGGAGAGUGGAGGAGACAGUGGAUAUCCGAGUGAGAGGAGGAGCGAAGGAGACCCCAAUGACCAGGUAGACGGGGGGCACCACCGCCAUCACAGAUACUACUCUGAGUCGGACGACGACAGUGUCAGACGGAGACGGAUGGCUAUUCCCGCCAGAGUCGUUUCUAAUUUAAACGUCCCAGAUUUAGCCAAUACACCAGACAAUGAAACGCUGUCGGAGGAGAAGUGGAGUUUCUUCCACUCGUCCAGAGCUCACGUUCACAGACCCUCGUGUGUGGCCACGGAGGUGGAGAGGCUCAGCUCGCUCCUGCAGAAGAAGAUCGGACAGUCUGUGCUCGGAAAGGUUCACUUGGCGAUGGUGCGGUACCACGAGGCCGGGCGCUUCUGUGAGAAAGACGAGGCGUGGGACCAGGACUCUGCCCUGUUCCACCUGGAGAGGGCAGCACUGUGCGGCGAGCUGGAGGCCAUCAUCGCUCUGGGGCAGGCGUACAUGCAGCUGCCCCACCACAUCCUGCCCGACAUGCAGAUGGAGGACAGCGCGGGGAACAGAGCGCGGGGUUUCCGGUAUCUUCUUCAGGCGGCGGAGGCUGGAGACCGGAGCUGUAUGAUCACCGUGGCCCGAGCCUUCGACACCGGAUUCAACCUCCCCGUGGACAAGAAGCAGGACUGGGAGGAGGCGGUGCACUGGUACGACACGGCUCUGAACAUGAUGGACUACGACGAGGGGGGGGAGUUCGACGGGACGCAGGACGAGCCUCGGUAUCUGCUUCUGUCUCGAGAGGCUGAGAUGUUCCAGGAGGGAGGCCACGGGCUGAAGGCGGAUCCACAGAAAGCAGGAGACCUUUUCACUGAAGCGGCAGAAGCAGCGAUGGCGGCGAUGAAAGGACGUUUAGCCAAUCAGUAUUACAUGAAAGCGGAGGAGGCCUGGGCGCUCAUGGAGGAAGAAUGAACCCAAAUCUAAGUUUUAACCAAGGGCUGUGUGGAGAUGUGGUUAUGGUUUACAUAUUUAAAUACAUUUUCUUUUAAUUCCCCAACUUUGGUUUUUGGUACCAGUGCUUUGUGAGUGACGUCCGCCUCAGAAUGAUCCCAACUUUUCCUAUUCUGAUCCUGGUUUUGUCUGUUUACAUAAAAAUCGUAUGAGAGAAUCAAAGAAAUAUUGUUUACUGGUGUUUGCGAAGUGUCAAUGUUAAAUGCUCUUAUUGAACAAAAAAUGUACAAAGUCUGAAAAUAAGAAUAAAUAGCUUUUAUUGAUUA